AUGCUGGUGCAGUUCUUCAACGACAAUAACCGCUUCGAGGUCAUGCAUGCGAACGAUGUGCAGCACUAUCGCAACACGAGGGCCGGGGUGAACGAGGGGUAUACUGGAGCUUAUGCAAGGUCUUUGCGCGUGGCAGUGGAGGACAUGGAGAAGUUUGCGAAGGAGAGAGGAUGGAGUAUUAAAGGGCCAGUGGGCGAUCUCGAGGAGGCGGCGGCCGAGGCCGAGGCCGAGGAAGAAGAGGAGGAAGAGGAGGAGUAUCAAGUGCCAGCUGAAGAAGUGGCAGAGGUGAGGGAGGUGAAAGGGGUGGAUGUAGAGUUUGUGCUUAGGCAGACGGCGUUACAUGAGCAAGGGGUUGGAGUGGAAGAGGGCGACUUUGGCGUCAGGGGUGGUAGAGGCAGUAGUGGAGGCAAUAGUGGAGGCGAUAGUGGAGGCAGUGGCGGAGGCAUUGGCAGAGGCAAUGGUAGAGGCAGCGGUGGAGUCAAUGGUGCUGGUGAUGUGAUAUAUUUGGACGGGAGCCAUGCCGGCGAGAGCCGGAGCCGGGGUGAGAAGAAGGAGGAAGGGGAGCGCGGGAGGAAUGAGCCUGCGUCGGACAAGUCAAGCACUGAGUCGGAGCCGAUCAACGAGGGCAAGGGCACGACGGCAGCGGUGAAGAAGAAGGCGGGGAAGAGGAAGGCGGUGGGGGCGACAGUAGAAGAGAGCGCGGCGAGGGACGGGCGGAAGCGGAAGAAAAAGGUGCCGACGGAAUCGGUGCGCGCACCGGGGGCGGGCAAGGCCAAGACGGGGGUCAAGGUGCUGACACCGCGAGGGCGCAAGGCGGCGGUGAAGAAGGACGGCGAGCUGGACGCGCUGCGGCAGAGGGUGGCAUCGCUGGAGCGUGACAGGACGAAGGCGGCGGCGGCAGCGACGAAGGAGGCGGCGGCGGCAGCGACGAAGGAGGCGUCGCCGGUGCAACAGACGAAGAAGGCGGCGGCGGCGACGGCGGAGGCGUUGAUGCGAAACGGGGUAGAGAUGUUGGCGUCUGGCAAUGAUAUGAUGAAGACUGCUUCGGAGAUGAUUAAGAAGGGGCAGGAGUUGAUCGUCCAAGGGCGCAGGUUGAUGUCCGAGGAAGUGACCGGGACAGCGGUAGGAUACUAACAUAGUUGUUGAGAUACACACAUAAAGGAGCAUCGCCAAGUA